AUGAAAAUCAAUCAAAAGCUUCUUGACGUUUGGGACUACGAAACUGGUUCUUGCACAUAUACAUUGACUGGCCACACGAAUCGUGUCUAUUCUUUGUUGCUGGAUGCACCGCGCAGUAUUGUUGUCAGUGGCAGUCUCGACACAACUAUAAGAGUAUGGGACAUAGCCAAAGGUUUAUGUAUCUGUGUUUUGUCUGGACACCAUUCUUUAACAUCGGGUAUGCAGCUUAGAGGCGAUAUUCUGGUAUCUUGCAAUGCCGAUAGUGAC